GCCGAGGGAUUCCAGCCGGAAGCGGGCUGGGAGGUGUUGGCGGCAGCGGCGGCGCACGUGGUGACGUGCGAGGGGGUGCGGCGCGAGCGGUCGGCGGCGGCAGUGUCUCCCGGUCGCGUGUGGAGGUCGGUCGCUCGGAGCUGCUGGGCGCAGUUUCUCCGCCUGCUGCUUCGGCGCAGCUGUGCCCGCCCGCGAGCGAGUUCCCGCGAAUUCUCGGUGGCGCUCCCCCCUCCUCGCAGCCUCCACUGACUGGCCGCUCGUCCUCCCGCUCGACCGCUUCCUCCCUCCGUCGCCUCGAGGCGCUUUCCGUUGGGCCGAUCCCGCCCGCUUCCUCCUGCUCCCCAUCGAAGCUCUAGAGAUGAAUUUUUCCAUCUCUUCAGAGAUGAACCAGAUUAUGAUGUACCAUUAUCACAGAAGAAAUUUGUGUCUAUAGCUUUUAAGGACUUGAUUACAUCAUUUUCAAGCCUGAUAGUUUUGGAAUCACAAUUAGAGCUUAAGACACGUCUGCCUUUACUCCAGCCACCUGUCUUCAUACCUUGACAACGUGCUGCGUUUUAACACUCCUUUGUCUUUGGAUUAAGAGUUUUCAGAAAUACAUUUGUCACCAAUAUAAUAGCCACAUUUAUAAGGAAAAAUGAUUCCUAACGGAUAUUUGAUGUUUGAAGAUGAAAAUUUUAUCGAGUCUUCUGUUGCCAAAUUAAAUGCCUUGAGGAAAAGUGGCCAGUUCUGUGAUGUUCGACUUCAGGUCUGUGGCCAUGAGAUGUUAGCACACAGAGCAGUAUUGGCUUGCUGCAGUCCCUAUUUAUUUGAAAUAUUUAAUAGUGAUAGUGAUUCUCAUGGAGUUUCUCAUGUUAAAUUUGAUGAUCUCAAUCCAGAAGCUGUUGAAGUCUUGCUGAAUUAUGCCUACACUGCUCAGUUGAAAGCUGAUAAGGAGUUAGUAAAAGAUGUUUAUUCUGCAGCAAAGAAGCUGAAGAUGGACCGAGUAAAGCAGGUUUGUGGUGAUUAUUUACUAUCUAGAAUGGAUGUUACCAGCUGCAUCUCUUACCGAAAUUUUGCAAGUUGUAUGGGAGACUCCCGUUUGUUGAAUAAGGUUGAUGCUUAUAUUCAGGAGCAUUUGUUAGAAAUUUCCGAAGAGGAGGAGUUUCUUAAGCUUCCAAGGUUAAAGUUGGAGGUAAUGCUUGAAGAUAAUGUUUGCUUACCCAGCAAUGGCAAAUUGUAUACAAAGGUAAUCAACUGGGUGCAGCGUAGCAUCUGGGAGAAUGGAGACAGUCUGGAAGAGCUGAUGGAAGAGGUUCAAACCUUGUACUACUCAGCUGAUCACAAGCUGCUUGAUGGGAACCUACUAGAUGGACAGGCUGAGGUGUUUGGCAGUGAUGAUGACCACAUUCAGUUUGUGCAGAAAAAGCCACCACGUGAGAAUGGCCAUAAGCAGAUAAGUAGCAGUUCUACUGGAUGUCUCUCUUCUCCAAAUGCUACAGUACAAAGUCUUAAGCAUGAGUGGAAAAUCAUUGCUUCGGAAAAGACUUCAAAUAACACUUACUUGUGUCUGGCUGUGCUGGAUGGCAUAUUCUCUGUAAUUUUCCUUCAUGGGCGAAACAGUCCACAGAGCUCACCAACGAGUACUCCAAAACUAACUAAGAGUUUAAGCUUUGAGAUGCAACCAGAUGAGCUAAUCGAAAAGCCCAUGUCGCCUAUGCAGUACGCACGAUCUGGCCUGGGAACAGCAGAGAUGAAUGGCAAACUCAUAGCUGCAGGUGGAUAUAAUAGAGAGGAAUGUCUUCGAACAGUUGAAUGCUAUGAUCCACAUACAGAUAACUGGUCCUUUAUUGCUCCUAUGCGAACACCAAGAGCCCGAUUUCAAAUGGCCGUACUCAUGGUAAGCACAUUAUGUUGCAGAAGUAACCCAUAUUUAGCUUUUUUCUCAUAACUGCAGA